CCAGAAACUGACGUGUUCACAUAUCCAACGGCGGGCGAGGGAAAAAUUGCUUGCGAUACAAGGAGCCUCAAAUUCUGAGGGGCGUUUCAAUACGAAAUUCUCGUUUCAAGUCAAUAUAGCGACAGCCAGAAGAGGGAAUUAACGUUACUGGACUUGGACCAUUAGCGUUAACAGGUUACCCUCCAAGCUAGCUGGCUAACUUGACUCUUUUGUCGUUGCCGUUGAUAGCAGCUAGUUUGCUAACUAAUACAUUUAUUUUAAAAUAAAAUUAAAACUCCUCUUUUUUGUGGAGUGGCUAGUUUGGUAUCUAGCUUACCGGUGUACUUGGGUCUGAUUAGGGAUAUCGCCUUUCGGUUUGUAAGACAGCGUUAUCUCUUUUGCCGAUUUGCUAGUUUAGCGUUUGAUUAUUUAUCCUAGCUAGCUAUUCCAGCUUGGACACCGUGGACCCAAACCCCACCGGUCAUCGUGGUCUCCGCCUCGAUCUGGGUCGACAUGCUGUGACGAGAAGCGCUAGCUUACAGGGCAAAAAGAGAUAUUGCUUGGUGACGGGUGUCACUAACGUUACACCGCAUCAUCAUUUGAUUGUUCCGGCUCUCUAAAGGCGACUGUUCACCUCCUACCUCCCUCUUUCUCUCUCCUGCCCUCUCUCUCCUUCUUUCUGUCUGUGGUUCCUCCCCCCUUCCUGUUUGGAAAGCAAUGGCAGCCAACAAGCCAAAGGGGCAGAACUCCCUAGCCUUGCACAAGGUGAUAAUGGUGGGCAGUGGUGGAGUGGGGAAGUCUGCUCUCACGCUGCAAUUUAUGUACGAUGAGUUUGUAGAGGACUAUGAGCCCACGAAAGCAGACAGCUACAGGAAGAAAGUGGUUCUGGACGGCGAGGAGGUCCAGAUAGACAUUCUGGACACAGCCGGGCAGGAGGACUAUGCGGCCAUCAGAGACAAUUACUUCCGCAGCGGAGAGGGAUUCCUCUGUGUGUUCUCCAUUACAGAGCUGGAGUCUUUCGCCGCCACUGCAGACUUCAGGGAGCAGAUCCUCCGUGUGAAGGAGGAUGAGAACGUGCCCUUCCUCCUGGUGGGGAACAAGUCCGACCUGGAGGACCGGAGGCAGGUGUCAACCGAUGAGGCCAAGGUGCGAGCUGACCAGUGGGGAGUAAGCUACGUGGAGACCUCUGCCAAGACUCGCGCCAAUGUGGACAAGGUGUUUUUCGACUUGAUGCGUGAAAUAAGAGCAAGAAAGAUGGAGGACAGCAAAGAAAAGAAUGGCAAAAAGAAGAGGAAGAGCUUGGCAAAGAGAAUUCGAGAGCGAUGCUGCAUUCUAUAAUGACUGGGUGACCUGUGCUUGUAAUGCCAACUUCCCACCACCAGACUCCGCUCUACCCUGCUCCCCCACAGCCCGUCUGAUUUUCUCACCACCCUAUGACCUGCCAAGGACACCUGUGUCAACACCUCCUUUAGGCUGUGGGCGUUGGGAGAACAAGUUUCAAGGUUUCAUGGCAAUUGAUUUUGUCCACAAGAUAUGGGUGGGUUGUGUGGAUCAAAACAAACUGAAUCUUAAGCGAGAGAAAGAGAGAGAGAAAAAAAAAUGUGAAGCAUCAUGGAGAGGAAUCAGUGAGAGGCAUAUUAAUCGUUGAAUAUUUUUAACUUACUUUGUGGCUCGGCACAGUCAUGACUAUUUUAUUUUACUUAAGGACUACACUAUAUAUUGUUUUUAUUUGUUUGUUUGUUUUUUUUAACAUAUAACUUAUUAUCUAUUGGCUCUGUAGUUAAUGCAGGUUCAAAUGAAACACUUCAUAUACUCACUGUAACGCCGUAAAUCCUUUCCAUGCUCAUUUCACGAUGAGUUGAGGAUUUUGGGUAAAAUAACCAUCUUGCUGCAUUUGCACGGAUUGGGUCUGUAAAUUGUUAACCCAGUUGCAGAAUCUCAUUUUGUUAUUCAAUUGCUGCAUUAACAGUACAGUACGCAAGAUGAUCUACUGCCUCAAUGCACACUCCAAAUAUAAUUAAGCUUUCCCAGCCCAAGAUGUAGGAGUCACGCGGAUGUCAUAUGCAACACCUUACGUAUGUCUUUUCCUGUUUGUUUGGAAGGAAGUUUGACGGCUGCCGUUUGCUUUCAGGUCAUAUUUUCAUUGUACUUUGAACAUGCUGCCUUAAUUUCAGAGUACAUCAGAACAUGGCCCUGUACUGACUGAGCCACCCCCGGGUUCCCUCUCCAUGAGUGGGCAAUGGGCGUCCACCAAAAGCACACUCCUGUAUUUAAGGUUAAAAAAAGAACAAGUUGAACUUGAAGUCCACAGGCAUUUCACAACCUUAGAAUGUCAAUGUGAUAUUUUUAUUGUUUUACUUUAAAACAUUCUCCUCGCGGAUCAUUUCAUUUGUUUCACUGACACAAAGGGUAUUCUGAGGAACGGUAUGUAGUGGCUAAAUAGUAACAGGUUCUUCAGAAGCCAAUCUAAAGCCCAGGUAGUGAUGGAACACUAUACAUAUAGACCUCUGAAGUUCGCCUACAACAAAGCUACCAUCUUUGCCCAAAUAAGGAGAUCCGGUAUCUUGAGAUUUUUUUUCUAUGGGAAAGUAACAUGCGGAUUUUGAAUUUUCGCACCUGUUAAACUCACAGGGGGAUAAAGAAAUUGGAAAUGCCGACGUUUUGCGCUACAAAGUUUUGUCCUCUGCAUUUAAGUGGAGACUGUGAUUUUCGGUAGGCGAAGACGGCACACUUUGAUCUUCGCUACCCCAGUGCUAACUUAAGCCUACCUUACACUGACAGACUUUGACAAGAUUUGGGAAAGAUUAUUGAAAGAUUGUAGUCUUUUAACUAAUGCCCCUCAUUCAAACUUUACUCAAAAGACUACAAUCUUUCAAGAAUCUUUCCCAAAUCUUGUCAAAAGUCUGUCGGUGUAAGGUAGGCUUUACAAUGCAACUUGCCAUAGGCAGUUAGCUUCAAUUAACACCUGGAACUAUGGGCAAAGAUGGCAGCUUUGGAUCCUAUUUGUAGGUGAAUUUCAGAGGUCUAUUGCUCACCCAUCUUACAAUCUUGCCCCAGCUGGCUAUUUCAGUUCAGAAAUGUAAUGACCAGUUCCAGUGUACAUUAAAAGGGCUACUCCUUUUCAAUAUGUACACCUGAAUUAGUCUUUGGGGAUGGGCCCUCAUCAAUAACAUUUUUAUUCAUGUAUUGAUGAGAAUUAAACUGGGCAGUCAAUUGUAAAAAAAAAGUUAAAGCCUCACAUCAUUAUCAAAGAAUAAGCAAUGUCAAUGUUCAGAUGUAGCCCAUUUAUGUGUGAUAGAGUCUCAGACUCCUGUAUAUGUACACAUAACUGCUGAAUUUACAGGACCUGGUGCAAGUGAAGUACUCAUGCUUCUUGUAUUAGUUUGUUUUGGAAAAGGAUCACUACAGAGAUAUGAAACACAAAUAGUAGGGAUAUACUGGUAAAAUAUUGUAUACCGGUACAUUGCCAUUGUUUACUUUUUUUUU